AUGGCAGACCUACUUGAUGAUGGCAAAUCAAGCUGGGAAAAUUUCAAACUAUUUUCCUCUGAUAGGAUCUCUUCGCGAGUCAUGGAGACAUUCAUUUACGCCUCAAAAAAAUCGAUGCUACGGCCGCUUUUAAGUCUUUUUAUGGUCCCAAAUGUUGGGUUUCUUUUGAAAAAUGAUACGGCCAAUUAUGUACUUCAAGCUUUUUUCACACAUUGUACAUCCAAAUCGCUUUCCUUGGAUCUUUUUAAUGCCAUUUCCUCGCAGCUGUUGCAAAAGGGACUGGAGCCUAGAAGAAUCGGGCUUCUUUACAAAAUCGUUAAAUCCGAGCUCAUUCCAACAUCCUUAACACAUCCAUUUCUCGUAAAUUCGAUAAAAAAUUCCUUCCGAUUGAAUCCCGAUGGUGCAGAUAAUUGUGCCUUGGCGCUUUUGUCAUCAAAUGUGCCCACCACCAGAAGGGGGCCAUCUAGACAUUUUGAAGCCAAGGAAUUCCAUCCCAUUGGCUGUGCUAUUCUGAUCCAUUUGUUUUCUUCACACCCUACCACGGAUUCACAAAUUUUACUUGAUCAGUUUAUCGAAAUUCCGAUAAGCAUUCUAUUUAGAUUGGGAAUGGAUGCCAGUGGGUCCAGAGUGCUGGAGACAGUCUUUUCGUCGCCAGUCAUUGGCAAGAAAAAAAGCGAACGCCUAUUUAAAAAAUUGUUUGCAGCCUCUCUGGCAGAAACAGAGCAAUGUUCGAUGGCCAAAUGGGCAGAAAACACAUUUGGAUCUAGGGUUGUCGAAGCAAUCUUCCUUUCGGUUCCACUGGAUCAGAAGCUUAUUUUGGCUCAAUAUUUGUCUGAUUACAUCAAAGAACUGCGAAAGCCUCGAUCAAAGGGCCAAUAUGUAAUUAAAAGCUGCAUGCUUGACGAGUUUAUUCUUUCCAAAUCCAACUGGAUCAAAAUCCUGGCCGAGCGAAAAAAGAAGGCGUGCGCCUCAAAUAAAUUAACUUAA